AUGUAUGGAUACUGCUACGCCAAAGCCUCCGCUGCGCUUUCGUUUCUUGCUGGAUCUCGGCAACGCAAUGAGCCCCUGGAUUCGACUCGAAGUUCUCUCCGCGAUGAAGCAGAACAAGUGAAGAAGACCAUCGCAGAGCUUCAAAUGCAACUAUCAAAACUAGAAGAUCGGCUCGAGGUGAUCCAGGACACGCUCUCCACUGUCGUCUACCCAAUCAACACGCUCCCGCCUGAACUGCUCAGCCAGAUAUUUACAGCGGCUGUGUCCGCCUCUCCGCGUGGCGAUGUUAAUUUCACGCUGCUGCAGAUUACCGCAGUUUGUAGGCGAUGGCAUAGUGUUGCAAUUGCGGACCCACGCUUGUGGACCAAGCUAUCCUACUCCAUCGACGGACUCGACAAGCGUGAUUUGCUUUUUGAACGCUUCUUACGCCGUGCGCGAGGGCUACUGAUCGAUUUCUCUAGCGGGGGAGAAGACAAUUGGAGUAGCCUCCCUCCCUGCCUAUUUGAUUCAGCUUCCCAGUGGCGCGAAGCAUUUCUUGCGACCACACACUGGCCCGCGCUGUCGCCUGUCGACUGUCCACAUUUGACCAGACUGACACUCAAUAUUGGGAGUUCUGUGCUCGAAUCCGGUCUCCCCUUGGUGCUCGACGUACCUCAUCUCCGCGAGCUGUCGAUUAGCAUCCCAAACUUGGUCAGACAACUUACACUUCCGGCCCACCAGCUGCGCAAGCUGACGAUCACCGGGACAGCAACCCAUGAGGAAAUCGCGUUCAUGCUUCUGCCCCUCGUCGCGCUGGAGGAGCUCGUGCUUGGCGAAAUCUCCGAUCCCGUGGACGCCCGCGAUUUUCCCAUUCGCAUGCCACACUUGUCAUCGCUAUCGCUGCUGGGCAUGGAGAGCUGUGUCAUCCUCCAGAGUCUCGUCUCUCCCGCCUUGACGACGCUGCACCUAGGCGACUUCGAUUGCACCGAUGUCGGCGAGCAAUUGCACCCCUUUCUCCGCGACUCUCCUGCACGAAUAACCACACUUGUAGUUUCCCCGCCGGACUACGCUGGCUUCGGCUUCCUGCUGUACCACCACGGGGAAAAGUUCACCUCAGUGACACACCUGAAGUGUACAGCGCCGGCGAUAGAAAUGGGCCACAACACACGGAACACCUGCACGGAUAUGCUUUCCCGCACCCGCAAUCUUCCCAACCUCGGAAAAUUCACCCUCGUCGUGCCUUCCGGCCCGGCACACAUUGACCCGUUUGUCGACGGACUCGCCCGCCGGGCCGCUAAUUUCGACAGCGCGGAGGAGGGGGAAAUGAAGCUCACCGAACUGGUUGUUGAAUUCACGCCGCAUGAUGGAGCAACUCUCGAACACUUGCGCGCCUUGAAGCGACUUCAAAAGAGCACCGCUAUCCAGAUUUCCGUGCCUGGCGGAUGUCCGACAAGGAGCGCAUGGAGCUCGUAG